ACCAGAUUAGACGAGAGAUGGGGCCAGGGACUGACGGGGUGUGAACGCUUCAGGACCAGUCAAAAAGGGAAGCGAGAAGUUUUACAAGUUCCGAUCAUUCUCACUACAUCGUAGAGCAUUAAAUCCGUCCUAGAAAUAAAUUUUAAGAAACAGUUGAGAUGCAGAUUACGAUUACUUACGUAUUUCGAAUUGAUUUACACAAAUCGAGCAAGAAACUUCGUUCCAAGUUACCAGGGUAUGCAAAGACGAGGAUUUGAAGUCAGGAUAUUGAAACCAAGCAUCACACCUUGAUCUGAUGGAGUCACCCAAUUUAUCACAACCCGACUGCCAACAGAUUUUAAACAUAGAAGAAGAAAGCACCAUUCACUGUGGGGAGAACAGAUACACAUGUUCUGUGUGCAGAAAAAGCUUCAGCCAAUCAACCGUCCUCAAGAACCACAAAUGCAGUCACACUGGAGAGAUACCAUGGAAGUGCGGGAACUGUGAGAAAGGAUUCAGUUGCCGCUCUGCGCUGGAAGUUCACCAACGUGUUCACACUGGGGAGAGACCGUUCAUCUGCUCCCUUUGUGGGAGGGGAUUUGCUCAGUUAUCCACCCUGCUGAAACACAAGCGAGUUCACAGUGAGGAGAGACCUUUUAAAUGUCCAGAGUGUGAGAAGUGCUAUAAAAGCUCCAGUGAUUUGAUGUCCCAUCGGCGUGUUCACACUGAAGAAAGACCUUUUAAAUGUCCAGAGUGUGGGAAAUGUUAUAAAAGUUCCAGUGAGUUGAUGUCCCAUCGGCGUGUUCACACUGAGGAGAGACGAUUCAGGUGCUCUGACUGUGGGGCUGGCUUCAAGUGGUCAUCUCAACUCAUUGUUCAUCAGCGCAUACACACUGGGGAGAGGCCAUUCACCUGCACUGAAUGUGGAAUUGGAUUCACUCAGUCAUCCCACCUCAAAUCACACCAGCAGGUUCAUACUGAGGAAAGACCUUUUAAAUGUACAGACUGUGGAAAAUACUUUAAAAGUUCACACUAUCUGCAGUCCCAUCAACGUGUUCACACUGACGAGAGACCUUACAAAUGUUCAGAGUGUGGGAAGUGCUUUAAAGGUUCAAGGGAGCUGAUCGUCCAUCACCGUGUUCACACUGACGAGAGACCAUUCAGGUGCUCUCACUGUGGAAAUGGGUUCAAGAGAUCAUCUCAACUUACUCUACACCAGCGUCUUCACACUGGGGAGAGGUCAUUCAUCUGCUCUGAAUGUGGGCAGGUAUUCAUUCAGUUCUCCACCCUGUUGAAGCAUCAGCGAGUUCAUUCUGGAGAGAGGUCAUUCACAUGCACUGAGUGUGGAAAGGGAUUUCGUGCAUCAUCCCAGCUCAAGGCACACCAGCAAGCUCACACUGAAGAGAGACCUUUCAAAUGUCCAGACUGUGGGAGGAGUUAUAAAAGCUCUGAGGAGCUGAAGUUACACCAAAGUGUUCACACCGAUGAUAGACCAUUCAGGUGCUCUCAUUGUGGGACAGGGUUCAGAUGGUCAUCUCGUCUCACUGUACACCAGCGCACUCACACCGGAGAGAGACCGUUCACCUGCUCCAUGUGUGGGAAGGGAUUUACUCAGAAAAUCCACCUCCUGACACACCAGCGAGUUCACACUGGGGAGAGACCUUUUAAGUGUGCAGACUGUGGAAAGUGCUAUGCAAGAUCCUGGGAUUUGAUACGCCAUCAACGUGUUCACUCCGAUGAGAAGCCUUUUAUAUGUCCAGACUGAGGGAAGUGUUUUAAAAGCUCUGCGGAACUGUUACUUAAUGAACAGUGGUCACACCGAUGAGAGACUGUUGGUUUGGGUACAGAUGAUCAUCUCAACUGACUGUCACCAGUGAGUUUACAUUGGAGAGAGCCCACUUAUGUACUGUGAAUGUGGGGAAGGAUUCACUCAGAAAUCCCACCUCACGGCUCACCUGCCGAGACCGCAGCAAGUCCAUGGAUGAUUUCCAGAGCUGUAAUUUGCUGUUAAUUACAUCCAGAUUAUAAACAUGUUAAAACAUCUAGCCCAGCUUUAGGUGAUAAUCGUAUAGGUAAAAUAAUUAUUUGGAAUUUUCUUGAACACAUAUACUACUGAAUCUAUUUUAAUAUCCCAAACAAUUCCUUUUAAAUGUAAGGUAGACACUAGAUGUCCACGUAAUAUUUGUAAUACAGUAAUAGUAGAUAACUUCAAUUCCCAUACAUGCUGCGUGAACCGAUUCAGCACAAACGUUGUGUAAAGUGAUUUUAUGCAGUUUUUAACUGAAGCAUUUCUGAUUUAGGUUUUAAAUGGAGUAUUAUGUAAAGAAAAGGAUCAUUAAUAACGUUUCUGUCAAGGAGCCUUUGUUAAAUAGUUACCGUAAUGUAGAAUUUUAAUCAAGUUUGAAAGUGAUGUAGUUCAUUCUGGAAUUACAGUCUCAAUAUUAACAGUGGAAACUAUGGAGUGCCAAGUUGGCUGAAAAGAAUUGGCAAAAUACACAAAAUGACUUGAAAGUACACAGGUAGUAGCAAGUAUUUGAAUAAAUAUUGCAUGAUUUAGCACAAUUAUGUUUUUCUUGAAGACAGAAAUAUGCAUUAAAUCAUCUGAAAUUAAAUCAGCUAUGGUUGACAAAAGGACUGAUAGGUUACAUUGGAGCUAAGGAAGUGGUUUGUAAGUUUGCAAAAGAAUCCAAUAAAUUAGGAAUUUGGGGAUAAUUUGUAACCCAACAAAGGAUGGCCCAAAAAUUGAUGAAAGGAGAAAAAAAUGAAGAUUAUAGAAGCUCAUCGGAAACAGAAACGUGGACUGUAAAAAUUGCUUAGGUAUGUGAAAUGCAAAAGCCUGCUGGAUGAGCACCCCAACCAACAGCUCCAACAUUCAUUCCUUCUGCACAGUUGCAGAAAUAUGUGCCAUCUACAAGAUGCACUACAGUAAUUUAUCAAGGCUCCUGCAAAACAACCUUCUCAUGACCUUGAACACAGACAAAGCUAGAGACAGUGAAUGAAUGGGAAUAACACUUAAUAUAACUUCUGUCAACGCACACUGCACUGUGAUUUGGAACAAAAUCACCUUUUUUCACCAUCACUCUGUCAAGAAUAUGGAAUUCUGUUUGUAAUAGCACUGCCCCAACACCCCAUGGACAGCAAACAUUCAAGAAGACAGCUCCCCUACCACUUUCUCUUAGGCAAUUAUAGUUGGGUAAUAAAUGCUAGCAGAACCAACAACAGCCACAUCACAUGAAUGAAUAACAAAUGAUAGGAGCAAUACUUCACUGAGAUUGAGCAUUUGUAAUGGAUAUUGCUGGGAAAAUUGAUUCAAUAGCUGUUUACAUUAAGGUCUUUCAAAAUUGUCACAUAAAUACAGGGCUUGUUUUCUGUUUAGUGCAAUGAGCUUGUGCUGUUUUAGUGAAAGAACAUUGGCAGCCUCGUAUGAAUAUAUCCUGUGACUGAUCAUCAUCCUAACUAAAUUUCAAAAGUAAAACGUAUCACUCUGAAAUUUGACUUGUGCAGUAUUACCGUCAAUUGGGAGCACAUAAUUUGGAGAAUAAAUAAUGAACUCAUUGAAACUUCAAAGAUCCUGACAGUAUAGGUGUUGAUUGGAAUUGUCCCUUGGGUGUUGAGUCUAGAACCAGGGGGAGAUUGUCUCAGAAUAAGGGGUUAGGCCAUUUAAGACCAGAGUGAGGAGGACCUUUUCACUCCG